AUGACGUCUCACGAGCAGCCAGACCCCGGCACCGCCGCUGCCGCUGAAGAGCCACGGUCUUCCCGCGGAUCAUUCUCGUCCGUCUCGACCACCAGCAUCGUUUUCGACAGAAUAUAUGAGGAAGCGGAGAAGCAAUCGCUGCACCGGAAGCGACAAGACGACCACGACGGCGACCGCGGCGCGGGGACCGGCUACGCAGACUUGGACGGCGACCAGCAACGAGAUCUCGAGACGGGGCCGUUCCUCCAACGGGACGACGGAGGCGACGCACCCGACGAUGCCUUCGAUACCACCUCCGACCUCCCGGGCCAACAGCACAUGGACAGGGGCCUGCGCCGCAUCCUCAUCAUUGCAGGCGCCGUCUUCGUCCUCGGCUGGCUAGCCUCGCUGGGCGUCUUCAUCGCCACGGGAUCCCACCACCACCUCAGCGACGCAGACCACGACCCGGACGCCGACUCCCGCGGCUCCGGAAAGUCCGUCACCCUCGAACAGGUCCAGUCGGGCUACUGGUCGCCAAAGUCGCACAGCAUCAGCUGGAUCGCCGACCCGGACGGUGCCGAUGGCCUGGUCCUCGAGAUAGGCGGCGCCGGAAAGGACUAUAUUGUCGUGGAAGAUGUGCGCGCCGGCCAUGACGGCGGCGGCGGCGACGCUGAGGAUAUCGUCAAGCCUCGCACGCUCAUGAAGCAGUCUGUAUUCUCCUUUGGUGGCAUCAGCCACGCGCCGUCCGUGGUAGAGCCCAGCCCCGACCUGAAAAAGGUGCUGCUCGGCGUCGACCGUGAGAAGAACUGGCGCCGGUCCUACACGGCCUCGUACUACAUCCUCGACGUGGCGACGCAAAAGGUCGAGCCCCUCGUGUACCUCGACGCCGGCGCCCGGCUCCAGCUGGCCGCGUGGAGCCCCAAGAGUGAUGCCGUGGCCUUUGUGCGCGACGACAACAACCUGUAUAUCCGCAGGGUCGGCGACACCGACGUGGUGCAGGUCACGCGCGACGGCGGGGCCGAGUGCUUCAACGGCGUGCCGGACUGGGUGUACGAGGAGGAGGUGAUUCAGGGCCGCAGCGCAACGUGGUGGUCUGACGACGGCAAGCACCUCGCCUUCCUGCGCACCAACGAGACGGGCGUGCCCGAGUACCCGAUCCAGUACUUUGUCUCGCGGCCCAGCGGCGCCCCGCCCCACAAGGGCGAGGAGAACUACCCCGAGGUGCGCCAGCUCAAGUACCCCAAGCCCGGGGCACACAACCCCGUGGUCGAGGUGCGAUUCUACGACGUGGCGGCCGACGAGGUCUUCGGCAUCGACGCCGUGGGGAGCCAGUUACCCGACGACGACCGCAUCAUCAACCACGUCAUCUGGGCGGGUCCCGGACAGGUGCUUGUCAAGCAGACGAACCGCGUCAGCGACGUACUCCGCGUCGUCCUCGUCGACGUGGCGGCUCGUACGGCCAGGACGGUGCGCGAGCGCGACAUCGGCGCCGAGGAUGGCGGCUGGUUCGAGAUCUCCCGCAGCGCCAUCUUCGUCCCCGCCGACCCGGACAACGGCCGCCCCCACGACGGCUACGUUGACUCCGUCAUCCACCAGGGCUACGACCACCUGGCCUACUUUGCCCCGCUGGAUGCCUCCGAGCCCGCUAUGCUCACGUCGGGCGAGUGGGAGGUGGACCAUGCGCCAUCCGCCGUCGACCUCAAGCGCAACCUCGUCUACUUUGUCGCCGCCAAGGAGUCGCCCACCCAGCGCCACGUCUACUCGGUCAGCCUAGUCGGUCAGGACAAUGGCAACGACCAGGUCGGCGGAGAGCCGCAGGCCCUGACAGACACCUCGGCCGAGGCGUACUACGACGCGUCCUUCUCGUCCGGUGCCGGUUACGUGCUCCUGACGUACCGGGGCCCCCGGGUGCCCCACCAGCGCGUCGUGUCGACGUCGUCGUCCCCGGGCGAGACGCCGACGUACGAGCGCGUCAUCGAAAGCAAUGCCGAGCUCGCCCAGCGGGCGCGCACCCACGCGCUCCCCGUCCUCAAGUACGGCGAGGUAGAGGUCGACGACGGCGUGCGCGUGGCGUACGUGGAGCGGCGCCCCCCCCACUUUGACAAGUCGAAGACCUACCCCGUCCUGUUCCACCAGUACUCCGGCCCUGGCUCUCAGCAGGUGGACAGGAAGUUCGCCGUCGACUUCCAGUCGUACGUGGCCUCGUCGCUGGGCUACGUGGUCGUGACCGUCGACCCGCGCGGCACGGGGUACCGCGGCCGCGCCCACCGCGUCCCCGUGCGCGGCAGGCUCGGCCUCCUCGAGGCGUCGGACCACGUCGCCGCGGCCAGGCACUUCGCCUCGCUGCCCUACGUCGACGCUUCCCGCCUCGCCAUCUGGGGCUGGUCCUACGGUGGCUUCACCGCCCUCAAGACCCUCGAGCACGACGCCGGCGCCACCUUCUCCUACGGCAUGGCCGUCGCUCCCGUCACCGACUGGCGCUUCUACGACAGCGUCUACGCAGAGCGCUACAUGGGCACCCCUGCCAGCAACGAUGCCGGCUACGACGCCUCCGCCGUCGCCAAUGCCACUGCCUUGACCCAUUCCGUCCGCUUCCUCCUCAUGCACGGCGUCGCCGACGACAACGUACACCUCCAGAACUCGCUGGUCCUCCUGGAUCGUCUGGACCUCGAGGGCGCAGACAACUAUGAUGUCCAUCUGUUUCCCGACAGCGACCAUGGACUAAGCCAGUCCUGA